AUGCCACUACGCUUUAGCAUGGUCAGAACCAUCAAAUCUCAAUGGAAAGUCGCAAACCCCACAGACGUCAUCCCAGCGGACAUGCGAUACCCUGGACUCAUUGCCACCUGGCCUCUACCCAUCUUACGAGCCAUAACCUAUCUAACCCGUAGGAUGCCGGGUGAGGAGGGACGGGACCGAUUUGUGAAUCUCCUCAACACCGGCUACCUAAUGAGGAAGGCAACCGCAGAAGAGUCGGCUACUUUUGAACCGCAGCUACAGCUAUCCGAUGUAGAACAUGUCCGAGAAAGCGUUAAACUGGAACCGGCGGCUGUGACGGUAGAUGAGGAAGCCGCCCCAGUCCAGAACGAUGUUACACAUCCCCAAGAGCGUCCAGAACGAAUACUUCCAGAAGACGAAGAUGAGCCGGAGACUUUGAAGUUGAAGUUAGAUCUAUGGAUCCAAUACUACUGGAACGUCACUGAUAUCAAAGCCCUUGUUCCCCGGGACAUGCGGCAGCUAGACAAAUUUGGAAAGCCGACCAAUCGGGCGCUGCACAGCUCCAGCGACCAAAAGGAUCUGUUGAAGGUACUCUACAAGCUAGCUCGCAUCACAAAAGGUCGAAAGGAUGCAGCAUGGGCGCAGAUAGAAGAGGCGUGGAAGGCAAGAGGAGGCAAAGCGUUUGCAGAAUCAGACGUCAAAGUCGCUCUUGAUCACUUCCGUGACCUACGUGAAGAAGAAGAAGAUGAUGACUCUGUUACCAACAGUCGAAAGCAAUUACCUAUUGCACCUUCAAACCCCGACGGCACUACCGGCGAGGAGGGUCAGGAUGGCGCGAUGAACACCCAGCGGGGAAAUCAGCAUCUCGAUGGAAGGCAACGGAAGAGACGACGACGCGAAUCUCGAGCCACCCAACCCCACACCCACGACAGCGCCGAUUCCCAAACGCUGCUGCCCGGCACGGAUGUCGCAGGGGCAGAACCCUCGAGGGCUGACAGCCGACGCUCCUCAGUCAUGGUAAGACGUGACAAGGACUGCGCGAGUAGCAUAGCGACCCACGACGCUACGGUUGACGAGGCUGCCUCGAGCGUACACGAAGCGCGUGGAGCAGCGACCUUGCCGCCAAAGAGGAAGAGACGGCAUUCGCUAGACGAAGAUGUGGCAGAUGUUGAUGAGGAGAGUGGCAAGACGGGUGAUGACAAGAAGGAUGAGCGUGCAGAACAGGAGUACGAUGAGCUGGAGCCGGAGGAGGCGCAAGAAUCACCAGAAAACUGA